AUGAUUGAUGAAGAGGGUACUGUUGCUCAGGGGUUCAACGCUCAAAACCGUGUCAACAGGUAUGAAGAUGAGCUCAAACGUGGAAGCAUUUAUACUCUCACAAACUUCUUUGGAUCCAACAACAAGGUGAUGUAUCGUGUGGCUGAUCAAAAGCUGGUUAUUUGCUUCACACACAUCUCUGUCCUGAAAAAACUUAAAGAAAACAUUGAAGCCAUUUUGGACCAGCGCUUCAAGUUCCAUUCCUAUGCAGAUUUUGAAGCCAACUGUGAUCUAAGAGGGGAUCUUCAUGAUGUUGUUGGUCACCUUAAGUUGGUUGAUGGCCAGACUCUCCAUCAACGUCUGGCUUUAUGCACCAAUGAUGGCUCAACUUCUCGGAAAAUUAUGGUCCACUUGCAGCUUAAAGAUGGUCCAGUUGUGAACGUUGACUUAUGGGACCAGGCUGCGGAAAAUUUCCGGCGUAAGUUUGAUGAGAGUGUAACCACCCCAACCAUUCUGAUGGUCACGACGGUUAAUCCAAAAAGGCUUGGUGGGAAACUGUGCCUCAGCUCUAUGUCCUCAUCUAGAGUUUUCCUGGACCAGGAAGUUGACCCCACCAAAGAGUACUUGAACUUGUUGGCUGUGAAUCCUGCUUUUGCUUCUUCGGUCAACACAGUUGAAGUUGUUAAUGUUGAAACGCUCACAAUACGUGAGAUUGCUGACUUCAUCAAGCGUCAGCCUGCUAAGAUUGCCUACUUUGACUGCAUUGCCACAAUUGAUGACGUCAAGCUUGGGACUGAGUGGUAUUACAUUGCUUGCAAGGUUUGUCAAACAAAGUUAACUCAUGGGCCUACAAUGUUGAUGUGUCCAAAGUGCUGCAAUGAAAAUGCUACUGCUUUAGCAAACUUCCGCGUGGAAUUGUCUGUCUAUGAUAAUGAGGAGCAGUGCACUUUCAUCAUUCUUGGCGAUGCUGGGAAAGAGCUAACAGGUCGAAAAGCAACAUAA